AUGCGGGGUGUCCAGCGCCCCUCGCGACUAUGCCACUUGGACGCUGAGGCUAAGCUCGACCUCGCCGCCUGGUGCUCCUUCCUCAGCGACUUCAAUGGAGUAACAGUCUUUCCCCCAGAUGGUGGAUGGGGAAGUGCUCCAUCACUUUCAAUGUGCGCCGACGCUUCUUCCAAGGAGUAUGGACUAACGCUAGGGGCGGCCUGGUUCAGGGGAACGUGGCCACAGGACUGGUGUCGGCUCAACAUUGCAUUGCUCGAGCUCUACCGUUUCUACAUGGUGACGCGGCGAGUCUACCGGGCUAAGUGGGCGGAGUACGCUGCCUACGUCUCGGCAGGGCGGCGAGGAGAAUGCCCCUUUGAUGCUAACCCCUCGACCCUGGUGAACUUCCUGCAAUCUCUGCUCUCGCGGGGCCUGGCAUUCCGUUCUCUUCACGCCUACCUAGCGGCCAUCGCCUUCGUCUGCAAGUUUCAUGGUAGGAGGGACCCAACCCGACAGUUCCUGGUCACUCAACUCCUCAAAGGGGCACGAAACUCCGCUCGACGGGCCCCUGCGUGGCGUCGCCCUGUGACGAGGCGCCUCCUGCACCACCUGCUGCGGGCACUGGGAGGCGUAUGUAACACUGCCUACGAGAAGUCUUGUUUCAGGGCGCUCUUUUCCCUGGCUUUCCACGCCUGCCUAUGCCCGGGUGAGGUGGUCUACGCGGAACGAGGACGACACACGCUCAGCAUGGAACAGGUAUCAAUUACGAGGGUAGGAACCGAUAUUGUCUUCAACUCUUACAAGCACAGCGCAGGUCGCACGCCCACCCUCUCCCUGAGAGCGAACCCUUCCAGCAAGUAUUGCCCGGUCCGCGCCCUGUCUAAAUACUUUAACUACAGGGGCACGGGCUCAGGGCCCAUAUUCAAACAUGCCGCAGGCGCACCUGUUACCAGGCAAGAUUUCUCCAGGAUGCUUCGCACUGCCCUCACGGGGCUAGGCUUGCCCCCAGCUGACUACGCCCCGCAUUCCUUUCGCAUCGGCAGGGCCACCCAGCUGUCUCUAGACGGGUUCGCCCCAACGGAGAUAAUGGCAGUCGGCAGGUGGAAGAGUAACGCUUUUACUUCCUACGUCAGGCAGGACGUUGUCGUUCUGCCGCCCUGA